GUGUGUGAGAGCAGUGUUUUCAUGACAACAGAUACUAUCAAUAUUUGAAACAGGUGUUUGUUGCAAAAUUGGAGGAAGGUUCCUGGAUUGGACUUCAGUUUGGCCGAGAAACAAAGGGGAUCUACAAGUGGGUGGAUGGUACCAACUUGACUUCAAGUACCUGGCAAGUACCAAUCUUUCCGUAUGGCUAUGAUGCCUGUGCAGUAACAGCUGACCAAUUGGUGAUGGGUCCAUGUGCAUCUCAAAACAACUGGAUCUGUGAGAAGGUCAACGUCCUGGAACAUCUGGAAGCUGAACUGAACAAAGAGGGGAUGCCCAAGGAGAAGGAGGAGGAGGAAGAGGAGGAGGUAGAGGAGGAGGAGGAGGUACCCUCUAUCACAUCAUUCGAUGAUACUUAUUUUGUGCUCAUGGGCGAAAUAAUGUCCUUCUCCUGCCGUGCCAGUGGCCAGCCAAAACCCUCCAUCGAGUGGCUACACAACGGCCAACCCAUGAAGAGGGACAGGACAGGCAACAAAUCAGAGCCUUUAGCCUUUGUGAAUGGGGAGGUCCUCAUCAUUAGAAGUCUGAGGCCUGGUGUGGACACGAUCAGCUGCUUGGCGAACAACAGCGCUGGCACAGCCAAUAAGACUUCCACGCUGUUUGUCAUUGAAUUGACACCAGAGGGCUGGGGUAUUGUCAACCAGAGUCUCUACUUUGUUUCAAUGACUAAGAGGAACUGGACGGCCAGUAGAGACGACUGCCUGCAAAGAAACGCAGACCUGGUGGUUAUCAACAGCAAAGUAGAAGAGGAGUUGGCUACCAAAUGGUGGCUCGGAACCUGGAUUGGACUGAGACUGGACCGAGACACAGAGGGGACCUGGAAGUGGGUGGAUGGUACCAACGUGACUUCAAGUUCCUGGCUGUCCGGUGAACCAAACCAUCCAACUAUCACAGAAGCCUGUGCAUUAGUUGGCAACAGCCAGUUGAUUCCUACACCCUGUGCCUCUCAAAAUGAAUGGAUCUGUGAGAAGACGGUGUAGUAUUUGGGACAGAGGCUGGUAUGAUGGAUUGUGUGCCGCGCUUUACUUCCGGAUCCUUGAGAAGGUUGCAGUCCUUGAACAUCUGGAUGCUGUCCUGAACAAAGAGCCUCUGUAGGCUUUGUUUGUAUUGGUCGGUUGAGACAUUGAUCCUUUCUAUUCCCUCUACAUUAUACGAUACUACUUAUAUUUGAGGUAGGCCAACACGUCUCUGUUGAGCUUAAGCAUCGCCAACUCUCAAUACAGAUUUGAAUUUUGUUCCAUCCAAAACUUUCGCUUGAAAAUAAUCAAGGCUAUAUUUCCUCUGUACUGUACUUACUGUACUUUAACCUGUCAGAACAAUAAAGUACCAUCUG